GUGGGAGUUGAGCACGCUCAUACUAAAUCCCCGAUCCACUGACGGUCUGAGAUCGGAAAUUUCCGCUCUAGUGUCACUUUACACGAUGAACGCGACGCGUUCUUCUCCCGCCAUCAAAGUGUCAUCCAACAAUCAAAAUCGAUAAGAUACCUUAUGUCCGAUUCAAUUACUUCUAUUUCUACACGAGCCAAUUACAGCUAGCAUUCAACAUAUCAUGUUCGCCAUCCAACCCCAGCAACAGCCAGAAACCCCAAUCUCCACAGACAGUGUUACCCCAAAUAUUCUCCCUUGCCGGAUCCACCGCGAUGGUCCAACGGGGUCGCUGAACCGUUACUGGAGGCCUAGACCUGAUGAAAAAGAUCUGCAAACUGCCUACUUCCGCGGCCGGAAACUUCAGGGCCGGCGUGUUGCGGUUCCAGAGGGAUAUGAAGGUGUUGUUGCACUUCCAACAGAACGCGUACUGCCAUCGACCCGAAGAAACACAGGCUCUGCGAUCAAUGGGGAAGCCGAGCAAGAAGAGCCAGUUAAGAUUCUAGAGAAACAGGCAACCUUUGAUGAAUAUGUUGUGUGGGGGCAUGAACUGGCACCUGCAGCCGACGACUCCUUUGUCAAGGGAGUUGAAGAGUGGCUGAAAUUGGCUGAAGCGAUGCAUUGCCAACCUAGGGAUAAAAAGAAGUCCUCAUGAACCUGGCUUCCGGGUAGGCUGGGGAUAUCCGAUGCAACGAAACCAUUCAAAUACGUAUACGGUUCCUGGUGAGCACUACUCAAAUACCAGGAUAAACGUCCCUGGAGAAGCUGCGAUGCCGCCUGACGAGAAGCGGCCGACCUUCUCUACUCAGGUAGCCGCACAUGGAUAUCUUCGCUUUGUUACACUUGGGUAGAUAGUGUUGCUCGACACAGUCGUUCACCAUGCGCACAAUCUUGCUUAUGGAACCCUGGAGCAAUCCGAUCUGCUUAGAGAUACGCAGCUAAUUUUCGUGGAAAUUCACUUCCUAUCGGCAUCGUACACUUUACCCUUCGCCUGCGUCCAUUUUUUACACAUACGAGCACUUAUCUACAGCUCAAGGCCCUUUGGGGUUGCAUAUACUAUCGUGUUCGGUGUCAAGGACAUUGCUUUGUUAAUGCACGAUAUCUAGAAGCUACAUGCAGCGCCCCAAGAAGUUCUUGUUAUCUUAUUAUACAACCAAAUUUUUACCUAUGUUUUUGGAAGUCAAGAAUUGCAUUGUUCUAUUCAGUUGAGACUAGUGUAGAUGAAGAGGAUCAAGGGGUACACUAUUUAUCGAUAAGGCUGAUAAGCCCUGACCGCCCAACUAUGAAAUCAAAUAUGGGUGAAUUUAAUCGAGGC